UUAAAAAAUUAUUUUAUAUUUUUUCAAAUAAAUAAUUAUUGCUUAUAAAAAUAUGUCGGAUAAAGACUACGCCCCCCUCAGUGCAGCUUGCGUUAGGGCACUCAACGAUAAGUUAUAUGAGAAAAGGAAAACAGCUGCUUUAGAAAUAGAAAAGAUGGUUAAAGAAUUUGCAGCAAAUAAUAACACAGGCCAAAUAAAACGUAUACUCAAAAUUCUGGGACAAGAUUUUGUCUUGUCGCAGAAUCCACACGCAAGAAAAGGUGGCCUAAUCGGUUUGGCAGCCAUAGCAAUCGCUUUAGGAAAAGAUACAGGCGGUUACACAGAUGAAUUAAUUAAACCAAUAUUGGGUUGCUUGUCAGAUCAAGAUUUACGUGUUAGAUAUUAUGCAUGUGAGUCAUUAUACAACGUCGUGAAAGUAUCCCGAAGUGCAGUUUUACCGUAUUUUUCUCCCAUUUUUAAUGCUUUGAGUAAGGUGGCUACUGAUUCAGAUCAAAAUAUAAAAAAUGCCUCAGAACUGCUUGAUAGAUUAUUAAAGGAUAUUGUAGCUGAAACUACUUCAUUUGACUUGAACGGAUUUAUACCAUUACUCAGAGAAAGAAUUUAUACAAAAAGCCCAUUUUCGCGUCAAUUUGUUAUCUCAUGGAUAUCAGUGUUGCACAGUGAACCUAGCUUGGAUCUCAUCAAUUACUUACCUGAAAUAUUGGACGGAUUGUUUAGGAUAUUAGAAGACACAAAUUUAGAAGUUAAGAAAAUGUGUGAAAUAGCUUUAGGUGAAUUUUUAAGGAGCAUCAAGAGCGAUCCGUCCAGAGUCAAUUUUGGAGCUAUGAUCAAUAUACUUAUAAACCACGCUCAGGAAAAAAAUGACGAAUUAGUUCAAUUUACAGCAAUUACAUGGAUCAAAGAGUUUGUACAAUUAUCGGGACCUGCAAUGUUACCUUUCAUGUCUGGAAUAUUUACAGCAAUUUUACCAUGUUUGGCCUACGAAGUGGACGCCAGGAGAAUGACAGACAUCAAAGAAACAGCCACUGCGGUGAAUUUUACUUUGAUGAAAUUAAUUGCGCUGCAAGAUGAAAAUAAUAAGGAAGGGAGUAAGGAAGAAGUUAGAACUAAUGAUUACGAAGACAAUAUCCCCCAUGAAAUCGACUUACAAUCUGUAGUAGAUGUACUUAUUCAAUAUCUUAUGCAUAAUUCAAUACAAACCAAAGUAGCAGUACUCAAAUGGAUACACGAUUUGUAUACAAAACUUUCCAGUAAAAUGGUAAAUUAUAUUGAUGUCCUGUUCCCUGCCCUCCAGAGAACAUUAUCGGACGAAGCUGAUCAAGUAGUUCAACAAUGUUUAGUUGUUAUUGCUGAAGUAAUUUCCACUCCCAAGACAAAUACUCAAGAUGCCAAUGGCAAAAAUACUUAUUACAAUAAAUUUAUUGUCAGCUUGUUGCUGCUAUUUAAUAAUGACAAAAGGUUGCUAGACGAAAGAGGAUCGUUUAUCAUUAGGCAAUUAUGCGUUUUACUUAACGCUGAAGAUAUUUAUAAGACACUAGCUGAAAUUUUAUUAAAAGAGCCCGAUUUGAAAUUUGCGAGUCUUAUGGUCGAUCACCUCAAUAUGAUACUGUUGACUUCGUCCGAGUUAUUUGAGUUGAGGAAUAGAUUAAAAGCUUUAUCAACACAGGAAGAUCGUCAACUUUUUCUUUGCAUAUACAAAACCUGGUGUCAUAAUCCUGUGGCUACAGUGGCACUGUGUCUUUUAACCCAGAGUUAUGGUCAUGUUUGCGAUCUUAUAAAAUUAUUUGGUAGUAUAGAAGUGACAGUGAAUUUUCUAAUGGAAAUAGAUAAAUUGGUCCAGUUAAUUGAAUCUCCAAUAUUUGCUUAUUUAAGAUUAGAAUUAUUAGAAGUCCCAUGUGAUAAGCAUCUAGUGAGAGCAUUAUACGGCCUUCUAAUGCUUUUACCGCAAACUGAAGCUUUUGCAAUACUCAAAGCACGAUUGAGCUGCAUUCCUAGUCUUCAGUUGCAGUUUGACGAAAAAGUCACUGAUAAAAGACGCCCUCAUUCGUCAAUAGAUUUUCAACAGUUACUUACACAUUUCAACCAAAUACAAGAAGGACACAAAGAGUACAAAAAAAUAAGUCGAACCAAAGAUUUAUAUGCAUUUCAUUCUGAAACCGAAGAUACAUAAUCCCAGUUUUUUUAAGGAGUAUUAUUUUUUAUCUUUGUAUUACUUAAUUAUACCUACCUUUUUACUGUAUAUACAUUCCCAAUAAAAAAUUGUUACCUAUUUAUACAAAAUAAUUGUUUCUGUGUUCAAUA